CGGGUACAUAACAUUAAUCUAAGAAUAAAAUAGAAGUAGUAAGGUAGGCUCCUUCUUCAUAAACCCAGCAGCCACCAUUGUCGUUGAGAGAAAGAGAGCCCUAACCGUGUGAAUCUGGUAAACUACCAUUCACUCUCACGUGCCAAAUAACAACACCUGUUACCUGUUACCAAUACCAAUAUAGAAACCACAGAAACUAAUCUCCCUCCUAUCAGGGAAGGAAAAAAAAAAAAAAAAAAAAAAAAAACCUAAACGUCGAGCCAAAAAAAGAAAUAAAUCCCUUCUUCCCUUUUCUUGCUAGUUUAAAACCCUACCUAUUAUUUCUCUGGGUUUUUUUCUCCAACUCUUAUAUUAUUUCUGCGCCUACAUUCAGGUGCAUGUCUCGUUGGAAUACGGAGAGGUUUACUUACGAGAGUUUGCUGUCUGUUACUGAUGCUUGUCUUCUGAAGAAAUUAAAGCUUCUGUCUUGUUCAUUACAUCGGUACUUUUAAGAUCGAACCUUUAUUUGUACCUUAAUUCUGAGAAGGCCCAUAAACAGUUUUGUCAGAUUGAUCAGCUAAUGUCGGGAGGUCCUAUGGCGAUCGUCAAACCAGAGAUGAAGUCAUACAUCUGGCUCCAAACUGUUGAUGGUUCAAUCCAACAAGUGGAGCAAGAGGUUGCCAUAUUUUGCCCUGUGAUAUUCAGGGAAGUUCAAAACGGCUUGGGAUCCUCGAAAAAUUGUGCAAUAGAACUUCCUGAACGAGUCAAUCCUGCUAACUUAGGGUUAUUACUGGAUUUUUGUCGGUUCCAUCAAGUUCCUGGCCGUUCUAAUAAGGAGCGCAAGACAUUUGAUGAGAAGUUCGUCCGGUUAGAUACCAAGAUGUUAUGUGAUUUGGCUUCUGCUGCUGACAGCCUUCAGCUAAGGCCUGUGGUUGACCUUACGAGCCGUGCACUUGCUCGGGUGAUUGAAGGCAAAACUCCUGAGGAAAUACGUGAAACUUUCCAUUUGCCUGAUGAUCUAACAGAGGAGGAGAAGUUGGAACCUUUGAGAAAUAUGACGGAUGAUCCACGCAUCCGUCUUCUAAAUCGACUCUAUGCAAGAAAAAGGAAAGAAUUAAAUGAGAGAAAGAAACUAAAGAAUGUUGAGGUAGAAGAAGAGCAGCGCGUAGAUGAAAGAUCAGUUGAUGAUCUUUUGUCAUUCAUAAAUAGUGGAGAUCAAGACUCAAAGGGUGUAAGAGUAGCAAAAAAUAAAAAGAAAACUCGAGGGAGAAAAGAACAAGGUAGAAAUUCUUCUUCAAAUAAUGGAGCUGGAAACUAUAAUAAGGAAGCUAAUUGUGUUCCAUCUGGCUACCUAAAUGGUGACAUCAGCGAUGGAUCUUCUCCAAGUAGAAAUUCUAAGCUGCAAAUCUCACCAUCUGCAAUGUUUUCAUCUAAAUUCGACUUUGAUGACUUUGAUAUGGAUGAUGAGUUAGAUCCAGCAAGGAAGGAAGAAAUUGACAGGGAGGUUGAGGAUUUUGCUCGGAGACUAAACUCUGUCUGGCCAGAAAGGAUACAACAGAUUUUAUCCUUGGGUCCAGAGAGGAGGCGGCUUGGACCAAUUUCCAUGAAUGGAAAUGGUUCCUUGAAGAGAUGUACAGCAGGUGUAGACCGGGGAUAAUGCUGGAUUCAGCUUGAGCUUAACAUGGCGACUUGUCUGUCUCUGCUGUUGCAACGAAGACUGGUAAUGUUACGGUGUCGAUUGCAUGUAAAGUUCUUCCCUGGAUACGCCAGGUGCUCAAAGUGUAGGGAAUAUCAGAAUAGAAGUUUCCGUUGUUUGUGAUUUAUGGCAACUUGCCUUUGCAUUUGCCAUGCAUUUCAAAACACUGAGAUACAGUUUCCAGUUUUGCCAUAGAUACUAAGUUUCUUUAAACCAUGGUUUUGAUUUUCUCUUAUUUAGUUCAAAUGGUUGUUGUAGUUGGGCCCUUUUCUUUAUUUUGUUUCAUUUUUUUUUAUUUAAAUUAGCUUCUCUUUUCCCCCAUAAAAGGAAUGUAUAAUGACCAUUCCCUCUCAUGAAAUUGCUUCAUACCUCAAGGGGUUUGAAUCUUCCAUUCCUGAAUCAUUAUGUAAUGAAGUUGACCUGACUGACACCAGUGUAUAUUAUGUACAAAGUUAGAAAA